AUGGUAUUCGCUGUUUCUACCACUGCUACCGAGGGCGAGGCCCCAAAGAUCUUGACUGUUCGGGAAGUUUAUCAGCCUCCAUUAGCAAGCCACAGCAAUGGACGCGUGGUGCCAAUUAAACACAACAAUGAUGCAGAUUUCGGUGCUGAGAUCUACGGUAUCGAUUUGAACAACUUCACCUCCGCCGAUUUCGAUCUCAUCUCUGAUGCUCUCCAUCGCCACAAGCUCCUUGUAUUUAAAGAGCAGCCACAGAUGCUGACACCUCAACAGCAAUAUCGGUUGACUUCAUGCUUUGACCCCGACGAGAAAACGGGUGGGUUUGCCCACGGCGCUGACCCAGUCCUUCUGUCAGACAAGGGAAUUACAAUAUACGGACUGCCGAAUCGACCAGCCAUCAACGCUCAACCCCAAGUACACAUUCUAGGACGUGGUGAAGUUCCCGAGGGUCAUUUCGAUUUUCCGCCAGGGUUCAAAGUGAAGGGCAUUGACCACGUCAGCUUUCAUCUUCCACCACACACUCCACAGGAGGAACGAGAUGCAGGAUCCAGUCGCUUCUACCAGUGGCACUGGGAUGGAUCACUUUACAAGAUCCCUCCGCCGCGAGUGGGCUGUCUUCUGGCAGUGCGCACGCCCAAAGGCCCUGAUGUUACCGUUCACUGGGGCGAUGGGACCGGGAGAACAAUGAAAAUCGCGCCAGGUGCAACUGCCAUGGUCGCCGGAUCAAGGGCACUACAAUUGCUGGAUCCAGAGUUGCGUGAGAUUGUUCUGAACAGUCGUAUUGAGUAUGCGCCCCACGCAUUCCAGUGGAUGUCAACGGCGCGUAGCACUCGGCUUGGUCAUCUCAUUGAGACUGAAGGGCGUGAGAUGCCGCUAGAUAAGCUUUCGCCGUGGACGAAGGAUGAAAUCUGUAUCUAUCCAAUGGUUUGGACAAAUCCGGUUACCGGAGAGAAGUCGCUCCAGGUUCAUGGCCAAGGUGUAUUCAAGCUGUAUCUAAGAAGCAAAGCCGAUGACGAGGAAACCGUUGUGACAGACUUGAAAGAAGUUCGCGCUUUCAUGGACAAAAUUAUGAGUCCCGUUCUGUCACCAAGCAAUAUUUAUGCGCAUCCUCAUGAGGAACAAGAUGUCAUUCUCUGGUAUAACCGGGCGUUAUGGCAUAGCAUUACUGAGUUCCCUGAAUCAUAUGGACCGCGAAUCAUGCAUCAGUGCAACAUUGCAGCAUCGGAUCACCCAUCGAUUUAG